AUGAAAUCUCAGAGAGUAAUAAAUGUAAAACGCAUUACCAUCAAGAGGGAUGGUGAGAUAAUUGAAACAAAGCACCACAUUCUGACAUUCAAAUCACCUAAAUUGCCUGAACAUGUCUAUGCCGGCUAUAUCAAGUUGCCUGUUAAACCCUACAUCCCGAAUCCCCUCAGAUGUUUCAAGUGUCAACGCUUUGGCCACUCAAGAUUACAAUGCCGUGGAACCGACACUUGCGCGCGCUGCGCAGAAAAAGGCCACGAUAGCCAGCAGUGUGUGGCACCUGAAAAGUGCGUGAACUGCGAUGAUAAUCAUGCGUCUUACUCUAGAUCCUGCCCGCGUUGGCAGCUGGAAAAACAAAUCGCAACAAUAAAAAUUAAAGAAAACCUAACUUAUCCUGAAACCAGGUGUAGAGUCCAAGCUCAGACUCCUACUCCUAGUAUUACUUAUGCUUCCGUAGUUAAAAAAACGUUUUGCGCUAAUUGUUCAUGUGCAAAUUGCAUUAAACAAUCUACAAAAACAAAAGAUAAUAUUAAAACCUCUCAUUCAGACACUGAAAACUCCAUCAGCAGUAACCCUGAUCCUCCCAAGGAAACUAGAGAGAAGACUAAACGAAAAUCAAAAACAUCGUCGCUCACAUUAAGAUUAGCGAAACGAGGUCUUUCUCAAAAAGAUCUCCCAUUGAAGCUAAAUUACCAAUUACCAGAAUUUUUUGAGCGAAGUCAAAAAAUUCUGUCGCUCUGGGGCUGGCGACGCAGGGUAUUGUCCAUAAGGACUUAUCGUCCAUCUUUGGUGGCAUGCCCAAUAGCCCCGAUAUAA